UUUGGAGAGCCUGGGUUGGACCAGGUCGGAUGUGGAUGUGGGGGAAUUGGAGGACCUUCCCCCAGGUCUCAUCUCUAUCCCUUUUCCAGGCAAAGUCCCCUCCUCUGCCCAGACCAGGGUCUCUUCCCCAGGCCUCAGGAGGUGGGUCUCAGCAGGAUCAGCCUUAUAAGUCCCAGAGGGAGCAGGACAGGGACAGGGAAGGGGUGUGGGCAGGGGCAGGGGGAGCCCUGGCCCCCGGUACCUCCUGCUCAUUCCCCCCUGAGCCUCCAGGGGCCUCAGGCAGCAAUAUCCCUGUCUACUGUGCCCUCCUGGCCUCUGUGGCCCUCAGUCUGCUUGCCUACGUGGCCUUCAAGUGCUGGUGCUCACAUAAACAAAGACAGCAGCUGGCCAAAGCUCGGACUGCAGAGCUGGGGGCCUUCAACAGGGACCAGAUGCUUGGGGAGAGCAGUGUCUUCUGGGACUCUCCUAGCAGCCUGGAGCCCUGUGUCCCCAGCCAGGGUGAGCCCCUUUCCCCAAACUGUAGUCCUUCACACCUACCUAGCUCUGCCCCACCACAAAGCCUGCCUAACCCUCAUGUGUCCCUCAUGUCUCCCAUCCCAGGGCUACAUCCUGAACUUGGCUGCCGGCUUUACCUCCAUCUCCCUUGGCAGCAGCAGGAGGAAGUGGAACAGCUCCUGGAGGCGUCGGGUGAACCUGACAAAGGCUGGCGGGGCCUGGCGGGCCACCUGGGCUACCAGGCUGAGGCAGUGGAGACCAUGGCUCAGAGCCAGGUGCCAGCCUACACCCUGCUGAGGUACUGGGCUGUCCAAGAAGGCAGUGGUGCCACCCUCAGGGUGCUAGCAGAUGCGCUGGCUGUCCUGGGCUGUGAAGAUGUGGUCUGGGCCCUGGGCCCACUGGCUGAGGACUGCUCCGUGGUGUGACGCUCCACAGCCUGGCCUCUCAGGGAACCUGCUCUGGUGCUCCCACCACCCCCAGCUCAUACACCUUCCCUUUCACGGGCUUCCUGGCAUUGGUGACCUCGGCCUGCUGUUCUGGGGGGACACGGAAGAUCCAGGCACCACUCACCUCCCCUCGCCCUACAUUCCUUCAGGACAGGGACCAGGAUAUUGGGGGGAGGGGUUGAUAGUGAGGAGCAGUCCUGCUCUCCUGAUCCCCACUCCACCCCCUCUUACUUAGCCUCAACUGUUUUUUCUACUUUUGUAUCCCAUAUUAAAGGCAACUUUGGACUACU